CGAGCGACUCGGUUGUGCCGCCGUUCCCUUCGCCUCCUCCCCCUUCCUCAAGCCCUCACCGCAGGCUGCGGUGCGGGAGGCGGCUGCUCACGGCUCCGGCCCCCGCGGGAGCCGGUUGCUCCUUCAGCCCCGCCGGUGGCGGUAGCCGUGAGGUGAGGCGUCGCUGUGCAGGCGCGCUCGCCUCUGAGGAGCCCCCGGGCCCGCCGCCGCCCAGACCAGAAGAGCUGCAAACCAGUGCCCUUUUCAUGCUGCCCUGAGGAGAACCCACUGACUGUGGUAAGCUGGUGCCUAGCCACAGUGGCUUGUGGUAGCACCAAGUGUACUGUGAGUCUCAGCACUGACUGAUGGCAACGAGAAACACAUGUGGAAGCUAGGAACUGACUUAGCAACAAUGAGAUGCUUCACCCGUCCACUGCUCAAGAGGUUGUUGGGUCCCUCACCUCAGUGUGUGCCAGGGGAGUUGAGUCAAAGUAAAAGUCCUGUCCUCGGGCACAAGUGGUCAUCUCUGAGGCAGAGCUGCAGUGCAAGACCUCGGCUUGUGACUGCCACCGAUGUGGUCAACUACUGGCAGAAGGUGUUUGAGACAAAUGGGAUCCCUGAAGCACGAGAAUCCAGUGAAUACAUUGUGUCAUUUGUCCUGGGAGCAAAAACAUUUCAGAGCUUGAAUUCCAAAAGCCUCCACACUCCACUUACAGCAGUGCAGCAGGAGCAAAUCCAGCAGCUGAGCAACAAGCGACUAGAGAGAAUGCCGGUGCAGUAUGUGCUUGGUGAGUGGGACUUUCAGGACCUGACUCUGAAGAUGAGACCCCCAGUAUUUAUUCCUCGGCCUGAAACAGAGGAUCUUAUCUCUUUAGUUGUGGAGGAAGAAUCUAGGAAAUGUGAGAAGAAUUCAGGCCUCUGCUUCCCGGUUCCUGGCCCUCAUCCUGUGAUCCUGGAGAUUGGCUGCGGCUCUGGAGCAAUUGCUCUGAGUCUGUUACGCAAACUGCCACAGAGCCGGGUGAUAGCCACGGAUAAAGAGAAGGCUGCUGUGGAUCUCACCAGGGAGAACGCACAUAGGCUGCAACUCCAGGAGAGGAUCCAUGUCCUCCACCAUGAUGUUUCAUACGGUUUUGCCAAGCAGCUGCUGCUCUGGGGACCCAUAGACUUCAUAGUCAGUAACCCCCCAUAUGUCUUCCAUGAAGACAUGGCUUCCUUGGACGCAGAAAUCCUCCGCUAUGAGGACCUUGAUGCACUGGAUGGGGGAGAGGAUGGGAUGAAAGUCAUCAAAACAAUUCUGGCUCUGGCUCCUUCUCUUCUGAAGGAUUCUGGGAGUGUGUUUCUGGAAGUUGAUCCCAGACACCCAAAUAUGGUGGAGAACUGGCUACAGGCACACCCCAAUUUACUACUCAUCCUUCGGGCUAUUCACAAAGACUUCUGUGGCAAGCCUAGGUUUCUGCACAUCCAAAACCAAAGCAGAUGACAACUGUACCAGAAAUAACUCUUCUUGCAGUAUGCUUUUUGCUGAUGAGCCCUGCUGAACGGAUUGUUGAAAACCCUGCGUGGCAAAAGGAAUCUUCACUUUAUUCCCCAGUGCAUUGAACUCUCCAUGCAGUGGCAGACCCCCUCAUUUUCUGACACAGACUUCAUCCAGGGAUGCAGAAGCUCAGCAGGGCAUGCAGAAGUGUGUCACCGUCCCCUGAGAGCUGCAUGCCACUUCUUAGUUUGCUCUGCUGAAGUGACUCAUUAAUCUCAGAACUCAAUAUGGAAGGUUCACAGCUCCAGAUAUUUCAUGAAAAAUACGUCUCAACAUGUCAGAUCGCCCAUUUUACCUAGGAAGGAUUUCACUUUUUUUUUUUGGCCUUGAGGUGAAUUUAUAUAGAAUGUGACCAGAUUUUAUGAUCGGUCCAAACUCUGGCUGAGCACACGGAUUUGCUAGUAUAAUGGGACAAGAUUAACCUGUGCAUUUCAAAUUCAGUUCCUUUCCAGAAUCCUGAUGCUGUGGAAUAGAUCUCCAACAGCAAAGCAGCCUUCGUUUCCCAGUCCUGCUGAGUGGCAUGUCGUUGAGGGAUCAGUGCACUUGUUACACCAUUUGAAUCUACGGCACCUGACACUUGGUGGAUACUGCCAGGAACAACCAAAACAUUGUAAUAAAGAUAGUGUGUCAGAUAAGUGUCCUUACAAGAAUUGCUGUUGAAUUACAUUUUCAAACAUGCUAGCAGACCUGAAUAAACAUCUGGCACCUGCAUGUUGCUUCUGAUAGUAAUAGAAAUGCUGAACAUCCAUGUAAGGCAUUUAAAUGCAAGACUUUACAAAAAAGGCCAGAAUCACUACUCCAGUUUUGCAGAUGGAGAAGUUGAAAAACAGGAGGUCAAAUGAUUUGUACAAAAUUUGACAACAGGCUAAGUGUGGAGUAGGACCCAGUCCCUUGACAGCUGUGGGAGUAGCUGAGAUCUGUUUCUUUGGGCUGGAUGACUCAGAGUAGGGCUGCCUGAAACAACGCUGAGAGAAGUCCCUGAAAUGGACGGUCAACAUCAUGACAUUGUAAAUAAUGGAAGGAUUAAAUUCAAGCUGCUGCUUA